AACCCGUGCCUACACACCUGCAUGCUGUUCCCCCUGACCGACAGGAGCUGCUUCAAAUGCGACAUGCACACACUUGUAUACUGGGCUGUGUCGCGUCUGCAUCUGUGCCAAAUCUUAUGGGAGGUUAUCCCAGUGGCAGAGCGCCCAGAAAACUGGGAACAACUAUACGAGGCAGCAGGAAUGGAUGUGGAGGAACCACGCCGAAUGUGCGGAUGGUAUUGGUGGUGGAGAGUUGUAGAGGAUCGCAGUUCUGGGGAUUUAUAUGCGUGGAGGGCGAUGAAAAGUUAUUGGCACGUCGUAAAGAGACUCCUUCAUGCCGACGAUCCC